CUGACCCACAGUCUCUUUGCACACUUUCGGCUAAUUAUUGUGAAGGAAAUAUUGACGACGACGACGACGACGACGACAACAAUUGAACACCCCCAUUUCCUUCCCACCCCCUCUCGGAGCCAGAUCUCAUUUUCCCCUUCAGAUCUGCACAAAUGGCAAAGGUCAACGGAGAACUCGCCUCUUCACGGCGGAAGUCGCGGAAGGCGCACUUCAGCGCCUCUUCCGGCGAACGGCGAGUCAUCAUGAGCGCCCCGUUGAGCAAGGAACUGAGAGAGAAGCACAAUGUCCGCUCGAUACCCAUCCGCAAAGACGACGAAGUCACCAUCGUCCGGGGCUCUAACAAGGGCCGCGAGGGCAAAAUCACCAGCGUCUACCGCCUCAAGUACGUCGUACACGUCGAGCGAGUCACCCGCGACAAGUCCAACGGCCAGAGCGUCCCCAUCGGCAUCCACCCAUCCAAGGUUGUUAUCACGAAGCUGAAGAUCGACAAGGACCGCGAGAGCAUGCUCGAGCGAAUGGGUAAGGGUCGGGAAGUGAAGGUGGCAAAGGGAAAUUAAAUUAAAAAAAAAAAGUAACAUUUUUUUUAAACUUGUUUAUUCUUUUUUUUUUGGUUUUUUUUUUUUUUUUUUUUUUUUUUUUCACCUUGUCUCUACCUUUUUCCACUUUGCUUUGCAUGCCUUUGAGGGAUUGUGUGUAGAGGGACUCUCGGGUAUUUUACGCAACGUACUGGUCGGAUAGGUUUCCCCCCAGUUCGUGGAUUGGACGGCGACCACAUUUAUGGACUAAACGAAAAAUGAAAAAAGAGAAAACAUACUAUAUGACUUUUAAUUGUCUGUAGUUUCAUGCUUGACCUGGCUGGUGGAUUUCACAUACCACUACCUCUUCUUUGAGCAUACUCCCUUUCUCCCUUUCACUACACCCAAGCAUUUUCUCACCCCAUCGUUCGAUGGGCUACGCGAUCAACAAAAGGAGAUACCAUUCCAGAGCUUCAACGAUCAGACAUUGCGAAAGCAACGGGUCUCAAGAAAUUAACGACGUGAGAAACGAUAUCCUUUUCCCAUUUCCCGUCCUUUCCCCUCUACGCCCAUCCCUUUUCAUCGUGACAACACCGAGACAUGCAAGACUUUUUGCCAGUAUUAUCUCCUCGCAAACCAUAAGAUAUACAUCUUUAUUCGGUGGUUUAGCGAGGUAUACGCCUGGCGCACAUGGAGCGACCUUUACAACACCAAACAUCAAACUCGCCUUUUUUAUAUUCUAUAAAUAUAAAAUUGUGAAGUGUGCGAUGGUUGUGGGUAAGUCUCGCCUGCAGACUUGUCCCUAUGCUUGAUAUCGAUGAUGGAAACAAGUUUGAUGGCGAGGGACAUCACUUUUUAUGUUUAUAUUAUGCUUGUGCAUCGAGCUGUUUUUUGAAUAGACAAUUCAUAUCAUUUUUAUUUUCAUUGCAAAAGUGGUCGAGCCGGUGAAAGAGAGUAUAGAUAUAUUUUCCCGCAUCAGUUGAUCGAAUAAACAAAUGAUGGAACAUCUUUGAUUCUGCAUGAGAAAUACUAUAUAUAGAUAGCAUGGUAGCACGGUGGUAUUAAUGCAGAGGGGAAAGGACUAAACAAGACGAAUCAGGGCAGAACUUGCGCUCUCGACGAGAUAUAAAUAAAACACACCGCUCUGUAAACUGGAAAUCAGAAAGAUUGAAGACGUAAGAAAUAAAAUGCAAAGUCCAGAAAUCAAAACCAGACAAAAGGGAAAUUAAGAAAAAGGCCUCCAUCCUUCCAAAAAAAAAAAAAAAAAAAAAAAAAA